AGUAGUUCUUGUUUAUCUUAUCUUAUCAAUCAAUCUUCGAUUGCAAUUCUCCAAAAAUUUGCCGUUAUGGGCUUCCUUGAGAGAAUUCGCGGCCACAAAGACGCGAUGGCCCAAAACGCAGACCGUCCCGAUGAGACCACUCAACACACCAACCUGUCGGGUAAAGACGGUGUCCUGACUUCCGGAACCUCAGCCGACAGCCUGGACCUCCUACAAAGGAACGAGCAGGAGGUUAUCCAGAAUGGCGCUCAUGUCACAGCUGACGCCCAGAUCGGUAUUCAAAAGGCUGAGGCGGCAGCAUUGGUUUGGUCCAAGAAGACUGUUUACAUCACUUAUGCUUGGAUUUGGGUCUGCUUUUUUAUGUUGGCCCUCCAGCAGUCUAUCCUCAACAACGUCACUUUCUACGCCUACUCGAACUUCCAACAAGCCCCCCAGAUUGCCACCGCCCAGAUCCUAUCCUCUGUCGUCGGCGGCGUCCUUAAGUUGCCUAUUGCAAAGGUUCUCAACAUUUGGGGUAGAGCCGAGGGCUUCAUUAUCUUUGUUAGCGUCUACCUAUUGGGUAUGAUCAUAAUCGCCUCUUGCAAUGGCCCUGACGGUUACGCCGCAGGCUACGUGUUGUACUACAUCGGAUAUAGCGCUGUUUACUUCAUCAUGGACGUUUUCGUUGCUGAUACAUCUGGCCUGCGUAACCGCGGCUUCGCUUUUGCCUUUGUCAGUACGCCUUUCAUCUGCACAGCCUUCACGGGACCUCUUGCGGCUCAGUCCUUCAUCACCAUGGCCUCUUGGCGAUGGGCGGUUGGUGCCUUUUGCAUCAUCAUGGCUUUCGUCCUGUUCCCGCUGGCCGUGGUCUUCAAGUUCUUCCAGAGGAAGGCGGAGAAAAUGGGCCUGUUUGUACAGACCCCAAGCGGCCGCACCAUCGCUCAAUCCAUCAUCUACUAUUUCCACGAAUUUGACAUCAUUGGUGCAUUCCUUUUGAUGGCAGCCUUUGUACUGUUUCUUCUGCCUUUCAGCCUCGCUAGCAAUGGCCGUGCUGGUUAUUCCUCGGCAAGUUUCAUUGCCAUGGUCGUCAUCGGCAUCAUAAUGUUUUUUGUCUUCGCCGCCUGGGAGAGGUUUGGUGCCCGGAAAUACUUUAUUCGGUGGGAGCUUCUGAGAAACCGAACUGUACUCGGAGCUUGCUUCCUCGCCGCUAUUCUCUGGUUCAGCUUCUACUCUUGGGAUCAGUACUUCUACUAUUAUGUCCAAGUUGUCUACAACCUGAACAUUUCCAAUGCAGGGUACAUGAUACAGAUAUACAACAUCGGCUCCUGCUUCUGGGGUGUCGUAUUCGGAGCCUACAUCCGCUAUACCAAACACUUUAAGUACGCUUGCCUCUUCUUUGGCCUCCCACUCAUGUUUUUGGGUGCUGGUCUUAUGAUUCACUUCCGUGGUCAAGAUGCCGAUAUCGGCUACAUCAUCAUGUGCCAAAUUUUCAUCGCCAUUUCCGGCGGUACUCUUGUUAUUGGAGAGGAUAUGGCUGUUAUGGCCUCGGCUGAUCGUGACGGCGUACCCAUGAUGCUGGCCAUGCUCAACUUGUUUGCCAGUCUUGGAGGAGCUGUUGGCUUUGCUGUCGCGAACGCUAUCUACACCAACACAUUCCCUGAUGCUCUUCAAGACAGGCUUCCACAGGAAACGGUUGGCAACUGGUCUACAAUUUACCUUGGCGGAUCACAAACUCAGUUGCUGUACCCCCCUGGUACUGCGACACGCGAUGCCAUCAACUACGCUUGGGGAUACAGCCAGAAGUACAACUGCAUUUCGGCUACUGCCAUUCUCGUCCUGGCUAUCCCUUGUAUUGCUGUGUGGAAGAACUACAAUGUGGACAAGGCCCAGAACAAGGGAACCCUGAUUUAAUUGAGACUACCCGGAUCAAAGCGGUGUGGCGACAAUAUUCAAUGCCACCCUCCCUGCAUAAUGUGAUCCUUCCUCCUGGAUCAUCCGACACCUUGGCAAGGAUAUUCAGCAGGCGUUACUCAUAAGGCACUAUAACAGAUGUGUGUAUAGUUAGUAGCAAUAGACAUUUCCAGUGGAUUCUAA